AUUGGCCCAGUGGGCUGGAACAUGUUAACAACUGAAGAGCAGAGAGGAAAACUCUAAACCUGGAAGCAGACCCUGCAGAUUCCUCUAUGGAAACAACAAAAGUAGGAAAGUGCAGACCUGCAGACCUUGGGAGAGGCAGACUGUAAUGAGACUAAGAAAAGAAUUUCUUGUUCCUUGUCCAAUCUAAGUAUCUCACAAAGGAUUGUGGCUCAACAGUUUACAAAACAGAAGAGCUUGCCAGGUUAAAAUAUUUGGAGAUUACAAGUAAAAUUUGCAGAAUGAAGUGUAAGUGUGUGAGGAUACUGGCAGCCAUCUUCAGUCGUCUAUUAUUCUCCCUACAUGAAGUUAUUAUGGUCGCAUUAGCAGUGGAAGAUACGAAAGAUUAUACCUACUGGUUUCUUCUCCUUGGAGUUUUGCUCCUGUUUAUUGAGAUGAUUGUGACAUUGAAAAUGACGAAGCAUGGAGAAUGGAAAUGGUUUUCUCCAAUGGUGUUUAUAUAUUUAUGUACUAUUAUCCCUACUAUAUUUGUGAUUGAACUCGAUAACCUGCAAGUUCUAAUGAAUGUUACCAACCUGACAGUUCCCGAAUGCACCAAAACUGUCUACAAAGAAAAUUCCGAAAUGGUGCAAGGCUCGGAAGAAUUAACAAUCUUGGUUCUAAUCAUAGGACGUUGGCUCAUGCCAAGAGGUAAAAUGAGCCGAGACCAACUCGCUCAGCUUCUUCUGAUGUACCUUGCUUUAGGUGCAGAUAUUCUGGAUAUUUUACAACUGAUAAAGGAGCCAUCAGUAAAGUCCAACAAGACUGUAACUGUGGUGGGACUUUGUCUGUUCACUUGGGCUGUGUUGCAAUUCACAAUAGUGCUAACUCAAACAUGGUCUUCGCCUCCAGAUACAGAAGUUGACAGAAAGUUUCAAUCAUCAGCUAAAGUAAAGAACUACAUAUUGUCUGUAUGUUGUAGCAGUGAGGUCUGGAGUGUGAUAAUCACAGUGGGGAUGCAGGAUGGACCCUUUCUGAUUUACCGCUUGUACUUGGUAACUAGAGAAGGAGUGUUCAGUGAUUCCAUGACAUUUUUUAUAUGCAAAAACAUUUUGUCAGUUAUAAUACAAAUAUACAGGGUUGUUGUGUUUUUUUGCAAAGAACAUCGUAAAAGAAAGAAAUUUAACCAAUCUGAUAUAAAUUUAUAACAAAUAUUGUAGAAUGUGUAAUAAUAAAAGUGUGACUAAAUGGAUAUUCCAGUGAGUCAUUUUUAUAUAAUUGUGCUCAGGUAGGUGAUAAAAAAAGCUCAUAUACUUACUUUCCCUUCUACCCCACCACCACCUCCCUGGAAUGCCCAUUUAGUAAUGUAUCCAAAGCAAUAUUCAGUGGAGGACAUAGCCACUUAUUUAGAUUGAGGGGAGAUUCCUAUUUUUCUAAUGACCUGAGAUCCAUAUGCAUAGUCCUGUUACCCAUCUAUCUGAUGAAGAAUAUAUUUCUCUCUAUGCCUACCAUCUUAUGUUCUUUCUAGCAUGUCCUGAAAUCUCACUUACCCAAGCUAUACAACUAGUUAAUAACUCAGAUGGGUACUCUGGCCUGAGUAUUAAAGGGGUACUGCGCUGCUCAAUGCUUUCAGCCGUCACGCCCCCUCCCAUAGACUUGCAUUGAGGGGGUGGGGUGUGACAUCAUGAUGGGGCGGGGCGAUGACGUCACGAGCUCCUGGCGCCGGCUCCAGCGGUUGGAACAGUUUGUUCCAAACUCUGAGCAGCGGAGUACCCCUUUAAAGGAGCUGUCCAGCCAAUAAAAAUGAAUGGCUUUUCUUCCAAAUAGGUCAUCAAUAGUAGAUCGGUAGGUGCUUGACUCACGGUCCCCUUUCUCAUUCAGCUGUUUGAAGGGGCACUGGUUUUCAUGUGAGCACUGAAGCCUCUUCAGUGUUUAUCUAAACAUAUCCUUGCAUUGCUGUACUACUUGUAGCGAUGUGCAGGGAACUGCCGCAUUGCCUUAAUCACUUGAAUGGGAUAACACUGCAGCUCCUUGCACUGCCAUAUAAAUAGUAAAUAUUGAAGAGGCUUUGUCACUUGUAUGAGUGCCACAGCCCCUUGUAUAUAAAUGUUUUAUAUUUUGUACAUCUUGGCAAAAAAAAAUUACCUUUAUAAUAUACCUAAAAAAAUAAAACAAUUUUAUCUCCAUUUUAUAGAAAUCAUGGCUUAUAAAAAAAGACUACUAGGGGUCCACAUACCAUCCAGAACAUUCUGUCUGGCUGCAGCGUAAUUUUGGUCCCAGCUGAACUCCAGUAAGUUAGGGUGGGACUCAUUUGUGCUCACUCCUGUCCUAUCAGAGUGCUGUCUGAAAACAGAGGAGGGUUUACAGAGAAGCCUGCAGUGAUUGGAUGAAUAGGCCCAGCACAGCAGACUCAGGGAGUGAGUGAGGGCAUGAUCAGUGCUUGCCUCUAGAGAUGAGCAAAUCGAAUCGGACAAAGUUGAAUUUGUUCCAAAUUUCAUGAAAAAUUUGAUUCGGACCGAAUCCGGACUUCGACUUGAUUUGAAAUAAUGAAUUUCUUCAUUAGCAACACCCUUGCGAUCGUCCUGAAUAAUGUAUAGAUGCAUGCGGCUUUUUCCUGCGCUCGCAUCUUUGCAAUAGAUAGGGCGAUCACAGCGGGUGACAGGAGUGACACCUGCUGUGAUCUGUCCUUAACUGCAGGUACUACUGCUCAGAACAUGAAGCACACUCUGCUCGAUACUGGGAGCUGUAAUACCUAUAUUAAUAGACAGAUUGCAGCGGUUGUCACUUCUGACAGCCGAUGCGAUCAUCCUGUAUAAUGUAUAGAUGCGGGCAGCCAGCCACUAAUUUUUAAACAGGGAUCAAUUUAUGUGGGUGGGCAGGGACCUAAAAAUUUUGCCGACAAUAAUAAAAAUGUAGAAAGUGGCCAUUUAAAUGUAAAAAUAAUAUAUUUUUUAUAAUUUUUUUAUUAGAAAUGUAUUUUAAUAUUGUGUUUAAUAAAGUGUGUGUGUAAGUGUGUUUCACUUUUUUUCUCUAUUUACAGACUGUUCCAUGAUGGAAGCUGUAGUACCUGUACUAAUAUGGGGCAAUGAUAUUACUAGAUAAGGUAAAUUAGGUCUCCUAAUCUCCUAGAAAAAUAGUGACUGUACAGGGAACCUUAAA